AUGGAUGAAUAUGACGAAAUGUUUGAAAUUGAGGACAACUUCGACGAGCAGUUCGCCGACGAGCUCGAUGCGUUGGCCCAGUUAGAAGAAUCCUCCAGUGGUGCAAAGCGACAGAGGCAGAGUGCAAAUGACGCUUCCUACAUAGAGCAGCCCAUCACUCCAACUGCAAAGCGUCAAAAAAAGGACACCGAUGUGGUAAAACGUCUUUUUACCUCUGCCCAGGGUGAUGACAUCACACCGCCUUCUUCUCCAGAAAACUAUGAUCCAAUUCACGCUGUCAGGUCUUCUUCAGCUGCUUCUUUGGAUAUUAGCGGCCUUGCAGCAAUAUCAGAGUCUCCUAGGGAGUCUGCUACGUCGGAGACAAGAUCACAUGCGCUGAGAAGACCCCCACUAGAAGGCGACUAUAUCACCGUCACCGACUCAUCGGGAAAUCGCGUCUACCUCCGCCAAAAGGACACUGAAGCAGAAAAGGUGGCAGAUAGCAGAAUGGUACCUGACUUCCAGGGUUCUUUGGGGUUGCUCGCUGUGCCAGUAGGUGUGCUGAGAGAGCAAGAGGCAGAACGGCGCCACGAGGAGUCACAGCGUCUUGCAGACGUGCUGAACAGCAGUGUGAACGAUGUCCUGGUUGAGGCUGAAAUGAGAGAGGAGGAAGAAGAGGGCGAUACAGAGGACCCUGAAGGUCGAACCUUUCGACUUUGGGUUGAUAGAUUUUCUCCCCGGCACUACACCGAGCUGCUCAGUGAUGAGUUUACCAAUCGUUGUCUGCUGAAGUGGCUGAAGCUGUGGGACACUGUGGUUUUCGGAAAAGAGAGAGUUCCACGCCCGGCACGGCCUGACAGACAAGCCCCUAUGCAAACCUCAUUCCAACUUAAUCAAGCCAAUCACAAUCCAAAUCGCUUCAAGAGCAAGAUGGAGUUGACUGAGGAGAUACUGGAGGCCGAAUUGGACCCAUACAAGAGGCCGAAAUUUAAGGUGGCAUUGUUGUCUGGUCCUCCAGGUUUGGGGAAAACCACCUUGGCGCAUGUUAUUGCAAAGCACGCUGGUUACAAUGUAGUGGAAAUCAACGCCAGUGACGAUCGCAGUGCCGAGGUCUUCCAGAAACGCAUCGACACGGCCACACAAAUGAAAUCCGUUUUAGGAGCCAACGAGAAACCAAACUGCCUCAUUAUUGACGAAAUCGACGGCGCCCCAGCAGCUGCCAUCAACAUUCUUCUCGCGACCAUAAACAGGAAAGAAGGACAGACCGGCGAGUCCGGAGCAGAUUCUACAAAGAAGAAGAAAAAGAAGGAACCCAUUCUCCUGCGACCAAUUAUAUGCAUCUGUAACGACCUUUAUGUUCCAGCUCUUAGACCACUGAGGCAGCAGGCUUUCCUCCUGACGUUCCCCCAGACUCAGCCCUCACGUCUGGCCCAGAGACUGGCAGAGAUCUCACUCCAUCAGGGGAUGAAGGCAGACACGGGCUCGCUGAUGUUACUGUGUGAGAAAACAGAUAAUGAUAUCAGGUCUUGCAUCAACACGCUCCAGUUCCUUUUCGGGCGAGGCCACAAGCAACUUAACACUAGGACCAUCCAGUGUGUAUCUGUAGGGCAGAAGGACCAAAACAAAGGAUUGUUCCAUCUAUGGCAAGAGAUCUUCCAGUUACCACGUACAAAACGGAAACGUAUUGGUGAGAGGUUUGAGGAAGUUCCUGGAUUGGGGGCUGGCGGACAAAGGUUCCAGCAUAUCCUUGAAUUGGCUUCAUCUAGUGGAGAGUAUGAAAAGGUUUCCCAGGGUCUAUACGAUAAUUAUCUCUCAAUGAGGGUGCGAGACCCCAACCUUCAGAGUGUGUGCGACGCUCUGGACUGGAUGGGAUUUUCUGACCGACUCAACCAAGUCAUCAUGCACGGGCAGAACUUUACCCUCAUGAAGUACCUGCCCUUCCUGUCUGUCGCUUACCAUUUCCUGUUCGCACACCCACACGUGCCACGUAUCAGCUAUCCACACAGCCACCACGAGGCGACCACUCAUCUCCAGACCAGCCGGAAUGCUCUCUCUACUAUGUUGUCCGACAUUCCAGCCGGCAUCAGAAGCAGGAUCAGCCAUCUUAACCUCACCUUGGAUGUUCUCACACUGCUCCUCGAUAUCAUUUGUCCCAAAUUAAGACCCGUGAACCCGCAGUUGUUUAGUCGCAGAGAGAAGGAGCAGAUGGGCGAGCUGAUCGACACCAUGUUGGCGUAUAACCUCUCAUACCGGCAGGACCGCACGCCUGAGGGACAGUACACGUACAUCCUGGAACCACGUGUGGAGGAGGUAGUAAAAUUCUCCGGCCUGCCCCCACGUCGCCAAUUGACCUAUCAGGCCAAACAAACCAUCAGCAGAGAGAUGGAGCAGGAGAAAAUGAGGAGGGCAGAGCAACUCAUAUUACAGCGGAAUCCCACAGUGAAAGAGGCAGAGAAGGUGAACGCUGCUCCCAAACCAAAAAGGAACCAUCAUCAGAGAUUGGAAAAUAUUGUCAAACACGCCACAGUGGAGCCCAGGCAAGAGGUGGACUUUUUCGGCCGCCCAGUUGCACCCAAACAGACGCCGGCAAAGCCAUCCUCUGACACAGGCCAGAAGUGCGCCGUGCUCGCCAUGGGGAAGGCAGUGGGCAACAGCGACGUGUGGUUCCGCUUCAACGAAGGCAUGUCCAACGCUGUGCGGCGGAACGUUUACAUCCGGGAACUCCUUUAA